AGCUUCUCCACGGAUCGCUUUUACUAUUUUUAAAAGUAGUGUCUUGUAUCAGAUGUUGCGUAUUUGACACUAAUGUUCUUUGCAAGAAAUUAAUUUCCAUGAAUUCCUAAAAAUGCAUGCAAGGUUUGCUGUCGUAAAGUCCAAACAGAGUAAGAAUAAAGCUAAUGUACAGACGUCCAUCAGUAAAUUCUUUGCUGGAGUUAACAAGAAAUCAGAAGGCGACAGUGCAAAUAAAUCUGGGAUUAAUCCGAAUAAUCUUCACCUUGGGAUUGGAUUGAAGAAGAAACACUGUGAGGAUGGAGUCGAGUCUCCAGGGAAGCGAGCCAAGUUGUCCCAUUAUGGAGAGCUGGAGAGUAUGGACACAGAAGCCAGCCCCAGUGACAGUGCCAGAGAAGACCCAAAACCUCACACGUCCAGAAGUAGCCUUUCGUGCACCACCCUGGAAAGACUGAAAGGCUUCAGUUGUCCCGGUACAGUGCAGAGCAAUGGACCAGAGGCACCAGAGGCAGACAGGUCAGAAACAUCAUGUGGUGGGGUACUUGUUGGCAACAGCAGAAAGCCAGCAGACAGCCCCACAAACACUAACACAGAUAUGCCAGGUGGAGAGGAGGAAGAGGAGGGAAACAAGCAAAAACAGGCCAAGGGAUUCAGCUUCAGUCAGUUCACGAAAGCUGGUGGCACUGCCACCAAGAAGAGUGCCCCUGAAGUGAGUGCCCCCAAUAAGAGAACUAAGAGCAUCUACACCCCUCUGGAGCAGCAGUUCCUGGAGAUCAAAGAACAGCACAAGGACACACUUCUGUGCGUGGAGUGUGGCUACAAGUACAGGUUCUUCGGAGAAGAUGCAGAGAUUGCUGCCAAAGAGCUGAACAUCUUCUGCCAUAUGGAUCACAACUUCAUGACCGCCAGCAUCCCUACCCAUCGGCUGUUUGUUCAUGUUCGUCGUCUGGUCUCCAAGGGACACAAGGUGGGUGUUGUGAAGCAGACCGAGACCUCGGCCAUCAAAGCGGUGGGUGCCAACAAGAGUUCUCUCUUCACCCGCCAACUCACUGCCCUCUACACCAAGUCCACCCUGGUGGGGGAAGAUGUGAACCCUCUCCUGAAGCUGGGGGACCUGGCGGACGCUGAGGAUGUGGUGCAGGAAGCCCCCAACAACUACCUCAUGUGUGUGUAUGAGACCUGGGACAAGCAGACCAAGGAGCUUAUCGUGGGUGUCGUGGUGGUCCAGCCUACCAUUGGAGACCUGAUGGUGGACUGCUUCACAGACAAUGCUUCCCGCUCCGAGCUGGAGUCCAGAGUGCUGCGGAUUCAGCCCGUGGAGAUCCUGGUGCCGUCCGACCUCUCUGAGCAGACUGAGAGGCUGCUGCGCAACAUCUCCCUUGCCAGCGUGCAGGAGGAUGACCGGCUUCGUGUGGAGCGACGCGAGAGCUUCCAGUUUGAGUAUGGCGCGGCCAUGAACACGGUGAAGGACUUUUACUCGGACCCAUCUCAUCAAAGCCAGGAUGGGAAAGAAAAGGGAGUUUACUCAUAUUACGACCUGGAGCGACCCAUCAUCUGCUGCCUUGGUCCGAUCAUCCAGUACCUGACUGAGUUUAAGCUGGAGCGAGUCCUGCUCUGCAGCAGAUCCUUCAAACGCCUUUCAUCUGAGACGGAAGGCAUGGUCCUCAAUGCCACCACCCUCAAGAAUCUGGAGGUGCUCAGCAACCAGACUACAGGUGCUGUGAAGGGGAGUCUGCUGUGGGUGCUUGACCACACCCAGACAGCGUUUGGGAAGAGGCUGAUGAAGAAAUGGGUGACGCAGCCCCUCAAAUCAGUUCAGGAGAUCCGGGACAGACAGGACGUCGUGGCUGAAAUCCUCUCCUCCGACUCCAGCGUCGUGCCCAGCAUCGUGUCCCUGCUGAAACGGCUUCCCGACCUGGAGAGGGGCAUCUGCAGCAUCUACCACAAAAAGUGCUCCACACAGGAGUUCUACCUCAUCAGCAGCACGCUUGCGCGCCUUGCCUGUGAGCUCCAGUCGCUGGCUCCGCUCGCCCAGUCCCAGCUCCACUCCAGCCUACUCCAGAGCCUCGUGCUGGGCCUGCCGCAGCUGCUGGCCCCCGCCAAAGACUUCCUCCGGGUGCUCAACGAGGCCGCCGCCAAGAAAGGGGACAAGACUGAGCUUUUUGCAGACCUGACGGACUUCCCUCUGAUUCGUGAGAGGAAAGCAGAGAUUCAGUCGACCCUGCAAGAGAUCCUGGAGCACCGACGAGAGGUUCGUCUCCUUCUGAGCAGCCCAGCUCUGGACUACGUGACUGUCUCUGGACAGGAGUUCCUGAUUGAGGUGAAGAACUCCAUGUCAUCUAAAGUGCCAGGCGACUGGAGCAAAAUCAGCAGCACAAAGGUCGUGGGACGCUACCACUCUCCCUUCAUCGUGGAGAAGCACCGCCAGCUCCUGCGGCUCCGAGAGCAGCUGGUUAUUGACUGCGGCCGCGAGUGGAUCAACUUUCUGCAUUUGUUUGGGGAGCACUACUACAUUCUGAGGAAAGCCGUGUGUCACCUAGCAACCGUGGACUGCCUCAUCUCAUUGGCGCAGGUUGCUAAAGAAAACAAUUACUGCAGGCCUGAGGUGCUGGAAGAGCAGCGUCAGAUCGUGAUCCGAGAGGGCCGGCACCCAGUGAUUGAUGUCCUGCUGGGCGAACAGGAUCAGUAUGUGCCCAACGACACGCAGCUGCAGGGCGAGGAGAAGCGCACCAUGAUCAUCACAGGGCCCAACAUGGGAGGGAAGAGCUCCUACAUUCGCCAGGUGGCCCUCAUCACCAUCAUGGCCCAGCUGGGCUCAUUCGUCCCGGCCCAGGAGGCCUCCAUAGGGGUUGUGGACGGCAUCUACACCAGGAUGGGGGCCUCGGACAACAUCUCGAGGGGGCGGAGCACUUUCAUGGAGGAGCUCGUGGAGGCCUCGGAGAUUCUGGCCCGGGCGACAUCUCGCUCCCUGGUCAUCCUGGACGAGCUUGGCCGUGGGACCAGCACGCACGAUGGCAUCGCCAUUGCCUAUGCCACCCUGCAGUUCUUCAUCAAAAAUGUUAAAUCCCUGACCUUGUUUGUGACUCACUACCCCCCUCUGUGUGAGCUGGAGAGACUCUACCCAGAAAAUGUUGGGAACUACCACAUGUCCUUCCUCCUAAACGAAACCAACGACACAGAUGACGAGGGGGAGGUGCAGCCCGAAUUCAUCACCUUCCUGUAUCAGCUGACGGAGGGAGCUGCCGGCCGGAGCUACGGGCUGAACGUCGCACGCCUGGCCGCCAUCCCAGAGUCCAUCCUCAGGACCGCCGCGCUCAAGUCCAAGGAACUGGAGGCCAUCGUGGACGCCAGGAGGAGGAACGUGAAGCUGUUAUCAGACGUCUGGAACAUCACUGACAAAGAAACAUUAGCUGAAUGGAUGCAGUCAAACGUUUGAAUACCCGUGGACUGUCCUGUAGGUCUUGAUGGCCUGUCCAUUCAGGCAGGUCUUGCUGCUCUAGACUGUAGUACCAAAAUAAACAUUUGGGAUUUGUCAUCACCGUAAACAUCCUCAACAAAAUGGUGUGCACUGUUGACCCACUAGUUCUUUCAUGUUAAUGGUGCUUUUAGGGCUGUUUUCACAGCUCUGUAUAAACUCUGUAUCAAAGUGGACUCCUGUAGAUUCUCUACUGUUGUCAUCAGUUUGAAAACAGGCAGUUGUGUGCAUGCAUCAUCACACGGCAGGGUGCCCCAGGUUGAAGCUAAAUUUUAAUGGCGUAUUAAAACGUUAAUGUUUGCUCCAUUUAUUUUUGUUUCUUUCCACGUCGUUUGGUAAAUUGUAUUCUUAGUUUAAGAUCAAACAUUUAUAUGGUAGAUUGUUUCACUGUCGUCUGAUUAAUUCAGUACCUGAACUGUAAAACAAGGGUCCCCAGGUGCCUGUUGUUGAACUGUGUAUGCAUUUUCCUAAUCACUGAAAAUUGAAACAUAACACUGCUCUCAGGAAUAAACUGCAGUACUGA